AAAAACAAGCGACUGCAAACAUGGUGCGCAUCAUGAUCAAGGGCGGGGUGUGGAAGAACACGGAGGAUGAGAUCCUCAAGGCCGCCGUCAUGAAGUACGGGAAGAACCAGUGGGCUCGGGUGGCCUCGCUGCUCUCGAGGAAGUCCCCGAAGCAGUGCAAGGCCCGAUGGUACGAGUGGCUGGACCCGUCCAUCAAGAAGACUGAGUGGAACCGCGAGGAGGAGGAGAAGCUGCUCCAUAUGGCCAAGCUCAUGCCCAACCAGUGGAGGACGAUCGCCCCCAUCGUGGGACGCACGGCCGCUCAGUGUCUUCAGCACUACGAGCGGCUGCUGGACAUGGCCCAGGAUUCCGGCGGAGCCGCGGGGGGGGAGGGCGGGGCGGCGAUGGCCGAUGACCCAAGGCGUUUGCGUCCGGGGGAGAUCGACCCACACCCGGAGACGAAGCCGGCGAGACCCGAUCCCAUCGACAUGGACGAAGACGAGAAGGAGAUGCUCUCAGAGGCCAGAGCUCGUCUGGCCAACACCCGAGGCAAGAAGGCCAAGCGUAAGGCCCGGGAGAAGCAGCUCGAGGAAGCCAAGCGCCUCGCCACUCUUCAGAAACGCCGUGAGCUCAAGGCUGCCGGCAUCGAGAAGACGGCGAACCGCAAGCGCCGCAAGUACAUCGACUACGGCAAGGAGAUCCCCUUCCAGAGGAACGCCCCCGCCGGUUUCUACGAUGUGUCCGAAGAGGCGCAGAUCGCCAAGAAGGCGAGGCAGGACCCCAGCUUUUCCACCAAGUUCCUGCAAGACUUGGAGGACAAGCGAAGGGAUGAGGAGGACGAGCGGUCUCGCAAGAAGGACGAGGCGAAGAUCAAGAAGAUGAUGAAGGCAAACCUGCCACAGCAGAUCCUGGCCAUCAACGCAACCAACGACCCCAUCCCCAUCCGGCGCAGGUACCGGGGGGAGUGGACGGAACUCAGCCUCCCGGCACCUCAGGUCAGCGAUGGGGAGCUGGAGGAGCUGGUCAAGAUGGGUGCUCAGGCCCAGGCGCAUGUGAGGGAACGGAUGGAAGACAAAGUAACCAAGAUUAGUGCUGAAGCAAUGCAGUUCUUUGUAGGCUGCGAAGCGCGCAACCUCGCUCUCCUCACCAUUGGGCAAACGCCCCUGCUCGGCGGCGAGAGCCCUCACCUCCAAGAAGGGACUGGCUUCGGUGGCAGCGCGCCCAGGCAAAACAGGAUGACCACCCCCAGCACCAUGGGGGCGAGGGGCGGCGGCGGCGGCGGCGGCGGCGCGGGGGGGGGGGUGGGGAGCUCUACCCCCGUGCCGGGGACGCCUUCGACGGUGGGCGGGUUGACCCCCGGGGGGGGAAGGGGGCGGGGGGUAUCCGGCGGCACGCCCAUGAGAGACGAGCUGGGGCUUAACGACGACGCGAGCAUGGCCAGCAUGUCCCCCAUGGGAAGCGUCUCGUCCUUCGGAGGGGGUCCCGCGGGAUCGAAGGAGGAGAAGGCCAGGGAGAGGCGCAGGAAGGAGGAGCUCCGCGCGAAGCUGUCGGGCCUCCCCGCCCCCCAGUACGAGUACGAGCUCGUCGCCCCUGACGUGAUGGAGGAGGCUGACGGGGCCCCUCUGCGAGAAGAAGACGCGGCGGACCGCGACGCUCGGCUACUGGCCGAGCAGGCCGCCCGCGAGGAGGCGGAGUUCCGCAAGCGCUCGCAGGCCGUGCGCCGAGACCUCCCCCGCCCCGGGUCCCUAUCUGAGGCGUUUUCAUCCGCGGGGCCCCGUGCAGACUCCGCCCUCGCGGCCGCCGAGGCUCUCGUGAAGGCGGAGGCGGCACGGCUUGUGGAGCACGACUCUGCCGCUUACCCCUCGGCUUCCGCGAUCGCCGCGGCCGCCUCCGCUGCUGCUGCUGCUGCUGCGGCGGCGGGGGGAGAUGACGGCGGGGGUGGUGGUGACGGCGGAAAGAAGAGGAAGAAGAAGAAGAAGAAGGCGCAGGCUGCCGCUGCGGCCGCGAUGAUGUCAGGAGCCAUCCCUGAGAUCGAGACCUUCGAGGAGGAAGAGCUAACAAACGCUCGCCUCAUGAUCGAACAAGAGGCUGAGGAAAACAACCAGGAGUUCCCUUCGCUGGAGGAGUUCAACGCCACGUGGGAGGCGUGCUUCUCGGAGUGGGCGUACUUCCCCAGCAGGAAUGCCUACGGCAGGGUCUCCACCGCCACAAAGGCCGACAGGAUCGAGUCCGCCAAGCACCGCUUCGAGGCUCUUCGCGCUGAGGCCGACGCUCAAGCCGGCCGCGCUCGCAAGCUGGAGGCUCGCCUCAAGAUGCGUCUCGGGGGUUACGCCAAGGUGGCCGACCAGCGAGCGGCUGGACUCAACCGCGUGCACCAGGAGGUCGAGAACGCCCAGAUCGAGUCCUCGUGCCACAGCAUGCUGCUUGCCAACGAGGAUGCCGCCAUUCCCCGCCGCAUCGCGGACGCCGAGGCCAGGGCGGCCCUGGAAGCGGAGGCGGAGGAACUCUUGCAGGCGGAAUACCAGAGGCUAGUGGAGGAGAAGGCUGGGCUGUUGGCUGCCAGGGCCGCCGCUAGGAAGGAGGCUUCUGCCAAGAAGACGGCCGCCAAGCGUGCGAGGCGGGCGCAGGAGGAAAAGGAAAUGCUGGAGGAGGAGGAAGAGGAAAGGAAGAAGAGUGCCGCUGAGGGAGGUGAUGCCUCCACCGCCUCUGACGCUGCUGCGGUCGCUGGUACCAAGUCGAAGGCGGGCGCCCCGGAGGCUAUGGUCGUGGAGAGCGAGGAGUCCACGGAGCCCCCCAAGGAGGCCGCCACUGUCAUCGCCGCCUCCUCCUAGAAGUCAACGGACGAAAGCCCAACGGACAAAAAAAGGCCAAGUAGAACAAUGAGACCAUUGCAACAUAGCUGCUGUUGCUGCUACCCAAGCGUCUUUUAGGGAAGGUUCAUGAGCUACAACAUUAGCAUUAUUGCGUUCAUUUGCAUUGUUCUGUCCAAUCCACGUAGCCAAGUGAUUGUGUGCUCAGCGUUGUCCAUUCUUUUUUUUUUCCCAUUCUCGUGGUCUCGCCUGUCGGAAAGAGCGAGGGAGAAGAAGAGCCUGCACGUUUUUGAAAGAGGGUGCUAAAUGCGCUUGUCGCGUGGAGCGUUGAGGAGAUUUCAUAAGCGAUUUUUUCUCGGGAAACAUGCCGCCUUCAUCGGACCGCCUACCGUAGAUGACGUUAGAUAUCACCCCCGCCCCCCCGGCCGGACAGAUUCCAACGCUGUAAUUCUCCACACGCAGAGAGAGUGGGGUACCUAAAAACCGCAGCGUUUGAGCCGCCUCCUCGAGAGCUUUACGAAAGCGCGUCGUUUUCGGUUGUGCAUCCUCGUCGUCGUCGAGUAACCGAGUUUCAGUCCAGAGGGUGUGGUACCUUGCGUCACCUGCGGUAAUGGGAGUGGUCGUCUGGCAGCAACCAGGCCAGGAAAGCUUGCUACCUACGACCUUCAGGGCACUCUGGGAGCUUAUUUCCUUGGCGUGCUGUUACAUUCAGAAACGGCCCUCGCUCACCCCGCUGUCGUUUCAUUUCCUUGUUUCAACUCCGAAGAACCGCUUGUUUUCGGGUAGAUAGCAACAUCUGUGAAGGAAACGACGCAUGGAAACUCAUGCACUGGUUUCGCAUAGGAAAGCCGUGAAGGGGGUGAAGAGUUAAUGUUUUUCGUAACAACCGAACUCUGGGGUUCAGCCACCUACUGCUGCUGUCUGUGGUGCUGACGGGAAGGUAGGCCCACAUCUACCACGCGUCAGCGUACGGUUUCCUCCCAUUUUUGUCGUUUCGGUUUCGGUUGUGGGGGCUGCUGCGUAGGUUCUGCCGGAGGAAUGUGUACGGAAGGCAGCCCGUAUAGAAGGGCUUGUUUCCUUGCGCAGAAUCGACGCGCCACCCCCACUGGUAAAUGUUUUGAGCAAUCCGCGCGGCUGACUUCCUCGUGGAGGAAACAGAAAGCAGAGAUUGCACCGGGUUUAUGGCGGGGUUGGGGUUCCAAGUCCUCUGAAGAUUUCUCUUGGCGACCAACGUUAGCCUCCCUGUUCUUGACCACGUAGAAAAGGUCAUUUGGUGGUGGUGCGAGCAAAUACACCGCAUACCGGCUGUAGCGUGGGCCUAUCUAACCAACUAAGUUCUCUAAUGUUCUGUACAGACAAUUGUAGCCCUGGAAGGACCGAGUUGCCCUCGAUAGACGCUGGGGAGAUUGCAUCCUUUAGGCAGAGGAUCUCUAUCUCUUAUCUCUACACGUGUGCUUGACUGGAGGCGUUCCUUGAAGUGGCUAGUUCUUUGAUAGUCUCAUCAUGAUAUCUCGGUGCUCGUUUGGAACCAGUUACCACGCCUACGGUUGUUCCAUGGAGAACCGAGAUGCAGGCACAGACUUCAGAGAAAAAAUGUGUCCAAGUUAGACGUUACUGACCGCGCCUGCACUUGGGAACCUUUAGUUUUGGCGGAAGCGGGGGUUCUUAUUUCCUACGGUCAUGCCAAGGGUAUACGUGAAAAAAUUUCAAGACACAUAGGCCUACUACCGUAGGGGCUACGGUUUACGAGAGCUCACUUUAAGAUAAUGGCCGGUUUAAGAGAGCAAAAUAGCUAGACACAACACACCCCUCUCUUAAAUCGAACCCCGAUUCUCUUUAACCGAACCUGCCCCCCUCCCCCCCCCUGUUGUAGCCCAGUUAAACCGUAGCCCCCACCGCUUGCAGGACCACCUAUCCCCCAACAUGGGUCUACAGUAACACUCACCACACACCCGUCAGGCAAGUUGUACCUCUGCUCAACACGUUAGGGUGUCCUCGACAACAUGGGUUCUCCCAACCUUGGUAGGAUGACCGAAUGGCUGCGCGCUUGUCCUCGCACACGAACAAGCGAAAAUUUGUUUUCCAGCAAAGCCAAACAUGAUCCUCAGUCAAAUCCGGCCUUCAUUGAACAUCUUGAGACAGAUCCUCCGUCCUCGCCGAAGUUGCAGAGUUUCCUCAACUUAGAACCCAUGGGUCUCCGCCCCUGAUUUACUCUCAGAUGCGACCUUACAAGAAGAGUUGUUCAAGCUUUGCUCGAUACACCUGGCAACUUAAAAAAUAAUGUGGCUACGGUGACCUUUGACUUCAUCACAAGAGAGCAUCAUUAGUAUAUUUUUCAAAUAUCCACACACCGACAUUCUGUCGUAACCUGAUCGUUCAAGUUGGCCGAUUCGCUAUGUGGUUUUCCGCUAAAACUUGGAAAGCGAUGAUCAUGUUGCCUACAUGUAAGACGGUAGCUGUGUGUUCUCAGUUACACCUACAUGAGCCAGACGCAUUCUUCUUCUAUAUAAGACGUUGGUAGCUCGUAGUGGUAGUUUGGUGUGAUUAUUUACUUCGUUUUUGGUUUCAUCUGCGUUUAGAAUUGUUGAGUGGCUGCCGUUGCCGAUUUGCCGGUCUUGAUCCUUCAGAACGAAACGAAGAGAACAAAGAGUUCAAAUACCACAUUUUUGAACAUCGUCAUGGUGCCAAGGGCAGCAGUAGCAGUGGAGCACGCGAUUCAAGCUCCCACAGUAUCCGGAAUUUCCAGCACAAGAUGCUGGUGAAAGGGUAUCACUUACAGCCAAACCUCACUCACAUUUCGGUGUCUCCGCACACUGUGCGGAGACGACGAUACCUGUGCGAUAAUCUAGCAAAUCAUUAGGACCCGCUUUUUUUUCGCCCACACUGUGCCAAGACC